CCCCGCCCCGCUCGCCUGUCUUUCGGUCAGCCGUGACCCCGCCUUUCCUGUCACUCAGCCGACCUUGCCCCGCCUCUUCUGAUAGCGUGGCCUCGCCCCAUCGCCAGGCCGGAAGGACCUCUCGCUUAGUGGGUCUGGCUCCUGCAGCUUCCCGGGUCUGUGGCACUUGGCCUGGUUGCUAUGGCGGCGGUUGCUGUGGCGACCAGGUGGUGGCUGCUUCUGGUGCUAAGCGCCGCGGAGCUGCGGGUCAAGGGCGCCCCUCAGCCCCCCAACAUCCUGCUCUUGCUCAUGGACGACAUGGGGUGGGGCGACCUGGGGGUGUAUGGAGAACCUUCCAGAGAGACCCCGAAUUUGGACCGGAUGGCUGCGGAGGGAAUGCUCUUCCCGAACUUCUACACAGCCAACCCCCUGUGCUCCCCGUCCAGGGCAGCUCUGCUCACCGGACGUCUGCCCAUCCGCAGCGGCUUCUAUACCACCAACGGGCACGCCAGGAACGCCUACACUCCGCAGGAGAUAGUGGGGGGCAUCCCGGACUCAGAGCUCCUGCUGCCAGCGCUGCUGAAGGGGGCCGGCUAUGUCAGCAAGAUCGUGGGCAAGUGGCACCUGGGCCACCGGCCUCAGUUCCACCCCCUGAGGCACGGAUUCGACGAGUGGUUUGGAUCCCCCAACUGUCACUUCGGACCUUACGACGACAAGGCGAGGCCCAACAUCCCUGUGUACCGGGAUCAGGAGAUGGUUGGCAGAUUUUAUGAAGAAUUUCCAAUUAACCUGAAGACCGGAGAAGCCAACCUCACCCAGAUCUAUCUGCAGGAGGCGCUGGAGUUCAUUCAGAGGCAGCAGGCAGCCCACCGCCCCUUCUUUCUCUACUGGGCUGUCGAUGCUACACAUGCACCCGUUUAUGCCUCCAAGCCUUUCCUGGGCACCAGCCAGCGAGGGCGGUAUGGGGAUGCCAUCCGUGAGUUGGACGACAGUGUUGGGAGAAUCCUGCAUCUCCUCCGGGACCUGGGCAUCGCAGAGAACACCUUUGUUUUCUUCACAUCUGACAAUGGUGCUGCCCUCAUUUCUGCACCCAGACAAGGUGGCAGCAACGGGCCCUUCCUGUGUGGGAAGCAGACCACGUUUGAAGGUGGGAUGCGGGAGCCUGCAAUCGCCUGGUGGCCUGGACACAUCCCUGCCGGCCAGGUGAGCCACCAGCUGGGCAGCAUCAUGGACCUCUUCACCACCAGCCUGUCCCUCGCAGGCCUAGAGCCGCCCAGGGACAGGGCCAUCGACGGCCUGGACCUCCUCCCCGCCAUGCUACAGGGCCACCUGACAGAUAGACCGAUAUUCUAUUACCGCGGCAACACACUGAUGGCGGUGACGCUUGGCCACUACAAGGCCCACUUCUGGACCUGGACUAAUUCCUGGGAGGAGUUCAAACAGGGCAUUGAUUUCUGUCCCGGGCAGAACGUCUCAGGGGUCACCACCCACUCACAAGAGGAGCACACAAAGCUGCCCCUCAUCUUCCACCUGGGCCGAGACCCCGGAGAGAGGUUCCCCCUCAGCAUUGCCAGCAUCGAGUACCUGGAUGCCCUUCGCAGGAUCACCCCGGUCGUCCAGCAGCACCAGGAGGCCUUGGUCCCUGGACAGCCCCAGCUCAAUGUGUGCAACCGGGCAGUCAUGAACUGGGCGCCCCCAGGCUGUGAAAAGUUAGGGAAGUGCCUGACACCCCCGGAGUCUGUCCCGGAGAAGUGCUCCUGGCCCCACUAGAGACAGCCUGGGUUCAGGCCAGGCCCAAGCCCCGGGCUAGGAAGCCUCUGGUCUCAGGGCCCUCGGCUGGAAGAGCACCAACUCCCUCUGCCCUGCCUGCCUGCCAGACGGACGUCGCCUGUAGCCGGCAGCAGGACCUGCCCGAGCCCAGCCCUGGAGUCUCUCGCCAGCCAGCCUGGCCCGCCUGACUGCUGCCUGGGGCCCACAGCAGCCCCUGAACUGGAGGCUACCCGCCUCAUGUUCCCACCCUGCUCCAGCUACCUUGUGGCCGCCUCGUCCAGGGCCUGAGUUCUGUCCCUGGACCCGGAGGCCACGAUGCAGCCCCUCGAGGACUGCGGUCCUGGUGUUGAGGCCGCCUGCCCAUCCUGUGUUGCCCCUUGGCUCCUGACAGGGCCUUCCCAGUGCCUCCCCCGCGUUCCCCAUCCCCAUGGUGCAGAGAUGUGGUGUGAACACGAUGGGAGCGGCCAAGGGCCUUUCUAACCCAGAGCCUCCCUAGUCCAGUGGGGACUGCUGAUGCCAGCACCUCCCUUAGACAUCUUAGACACUCUGGGGCUUGUCUGUGCCUCAGAGGUUCCCCGCCCUCCCUUCGUGGAGUCCAGGGUGGCAAAGCUUGAAGAUGAGCCUGAGCCAGCCUGUGCAUAGCUUCCCGCCCUAAGGGCCUGUGGGCUGCUCCCAAUGGGUGGUUUCCGGUCUGCAGACUACCCUGCCAACUCUACUGUUAAGACUUGGGGAAUGGUGAAGAAAACGGGUUUAGAAUAAAGUAACAGGCAUUUAGCUUUUU